AUGAACGUGACCUUCCUGAACCACAGCGGCUUGGGGGAGGUGGGCGGCGUGGGCGCCAGCUCCGGGGACGUCUUGGGUAAUCGCAGCCACGGGCUGGGCACGUGGCUGGGCUGCUGCCCCGGGGGUGCACCGUUGGCUGCCAGCGACGGUGUCCCCGCGGGGCUGGCACCGGAUGAGCGCAGCCUGUGGGUGUCGCGCGUGGCGCAGAUCGCAGUGCUCUGCGUGCUGUCGCUCACUGUGGUCUUCGGCGUUUUCUUCCUGGGCUGUAACCUCCUCAUCAAGUCGGAGAGCAUGAUCAACUUUCUGGUGGAGGAGCGCCGGCCCUCCAAGGAUGUGGGCGCCGCCAUCCUGGGGCUCUACUGAACGCCGCCCUGGCUCAUCCGCGCC